AUGACGGUUUCCAUUCACCAUCGAAAUCUCUCAAAGCUAGACUUGCCACCUCCUCUGUUAGCCCUAUGCCAAUUUGUCCAAACCACUUGGCAGCCUUCUAACAAGACCCUGAGAGUUAACAUUCCAGGGGAAGUGUUUGGGUAUGAGCAUGAUACCUUCAUCUUUUGUGAAGAUAUUUUGCAGUUUGCAUCCAUGGUUGAGAUCGGAUCCACAGUGAUUUCAGUAUACAUGAGACCGCCUGGAAAAGGCAGAUGGGGACCAAUUUUUCUUGGAGGGGGUCAUUGGGUGUUGAUUAUUGUGAGACCAGCUAAGGAGACGGUUUAUUAUACGGAUUCAUUGCCAAACCGCUCGGUUGACGAGGACAUGAGGAAUAUAAUGAAUACGUAA